GCAACAUCACAGCCACAGUCUAGCAUCUGAAUUCAAACGAAUAGUUCGCCUAAAAAUCUAUUUUUCGGUAUAGUGAAACUUUUUUUAUAUAGUAGUGCGUGAAAUUAAUAUUUACACCCAAAAAAAUGUCUCUUUUACCGUACAUCUUUGACAUCCACCCAGACAAAUCUAUCUUCUCCUGGCCCUCACUUAUCUCCAAGGAUGAAGACUUCUUCAAACCCCUCCGAUCUUCAAGUAUUUGGAGCCAAUUAACCGAACACCACAAAGAAAUCACCGUGGAUAAAGACAAGUUCCAGGCCAGUGUGAACGUCAGGCACUACAAACCUGACGAGAUCACAGUGAAGCUCAACAACGACAGAACUGUGACUAUCCAAGGCAAGCACGAAGAGAAACCUGGACAAGGAUACAUCUCCAGACAGUUUACCAGACACUACACACUCCCUGACGAUUGUGACGCACAGAAAAUGCAAACCAAGCUGUCUUCUGAUGGUGUUUUAGUCCUUUCUGUUCCCAUGAAGCCUGAUGAGGAUAGAGUUCAGAUAAGGGAGGUUCCUGCCACACCUACGGGCUCUGUUUCAUCCAGAGAUGGAUUUUCGGCAUCCUUCAACAAAAAACUCGAGUCUAGUGAAACCAGAAAUGCUUCAAGUUCAUAUAACAGCAAGUAUGAUUCACAAUUUGAGCAAAAACACCAAUCAAGAAACAUAGAAUCUGUAAAUGCUUCCAAAACAUCUUACAGCAAUAUUGAAUCUGAAGACAGUCUUAUCAGAAACGUACCAAUCAGUCUUUCCGAGAGACAGAACAAGUCUGAUGAGGAUAGAGUCCAGAUAAGAGAGGUUCCUGCCACACCCACGGGCUCUGUUUCAUCCAGGGAUGGAUUUUCUGGGUGUUUCAACAAAAAACUUGAGUCCAGUGAAACUAGGAAUGUUUCAAGCUCUUAUAACAGCAAUUAUGAUUCUGAAUUCGAGCAAAAACACCAAUCCAGGAACGUAGAAUCUGUAAAUGCGUCCAAAACAGUUUACAGAAACAUCGAAUCUGAAGACAGCCUUAUCAAAAACGUGCCAAUCAGUCUUUCCGAGGCACCUAACAACUCCUACGAAUCUACAUCAGUUUACAAGAACGUAGAGGAACAGUCUAAGAAUAAAUCCAACUCAAACAAUGAAUACAAUUCCCGAAGUGACUACAAACAUGUAGAAGAAAGAAGACAAUCCAGAGAUGUCCCAGUAAGUUACACUGACGCACUUAGCAGCUCUUAUGAAUCUAAAAACUUCCAAAAAAAUAUCGAAGAAGAUAGAAGGAAUGUUAGAGAUGUUCCUAUUAAACUUGCUGACUCGUUUGAUUCAAAUGUUGCAUACAAAAAUGUUCAGCAAGAAUCCAAACACACCAGAGAUGCCUUAAACAACGGGUUUAUUGAUUCAAAGAGUGAUUUCAAACACGUUGAAGAAAGGAAACAGACUAGAGAUACUCCAGGAAGUUAUUCUGAUGCUUUUAACACCUCUUACCAGUGUACAAACGUCUAUAAAAGUGUGGAAGAGGACUCAAGGCAUGCUCCUAUCAAUCGUGUUGAUUCAUAUGACUCUCAGAGUGCGUACAAGAAUGUUGAACGUGAAAUGAAUGUGAACACCAAAGACGCUUUUGGAGAAAGUGACUUGAGAACGGACCACAAACAUGUCGAAGAGCGAAAACAGGCAAGAGAAAGAAAUGUUCCUAUCAACCGAGUUGAUUCAUAUGAUUCCCAAACUGCUUACAAGAAUGUUGAACAUGAAAUCAAGCACACCAAGAACACUUUUGGACAAACUAAUGGAUUUAGUGAUACGAGACUGGACUACAAGCAGGUUGAUGAAAGAAAACAGACUAGAGAUAUUCCGGUAAAUUAUUCGGAUACAUUUGAGUCGACUAAAAUAUACACAAACGUUAACGAAGACAGAAGAAAUGUCAGAGAUAUCCCCAUAAGUGUUCCUGAGACAUUCAGUAAAACUUAUGAUACUCAAAAGGUGUCUAAGAACUUCGACGAAGAAAGAAUAUACAAAAAAGAUGUUGGUCAUGACCGGAAGAAUGAAUUUUCUGACUCUAGAUCAGAGUAUAUAGAACAAAAAGUGCAAGUUAAAGAUAUCCCUAUUAAUGUCUCGGAAACUGUUAACAAAUCUUAUCAGUCUUACCAAAACGUUCAAGAAUCAAAGCAGAAUGUUUAUGACUCUAGAUCAAACUACAAGAAUGUCGAAGAACGCAAACAAGUUAGAGAUAUUCCCGUGACAUUCUCCGACUCCAGAGAUUCCUCAUAUGUUUACAAAAAUGUUCAGGAGGAAAAGAAGAACGUUAGAGAUGUCCCAAUUCAACUUUCUGAGUCUGUGAAUAAGAGUCAUCAAUCCCAAAGCUCUUACAAGAAUGUUGAUGAAGAGACAAAAUAUGCCAGAGACUCUUCCAACUUGAAUAACAGUUCUUACAACUCUAAAUUGAACAGUAAAAAUGUUGAAGAAAAAAUAGUAACUAGGGAUAUUCCAUUUGGAUUUUCUCAAGCUAGAAGAGAUUCUUACCAAUCCAAUGUGUCCUACAAGAACGUUGAAAAAGAAACAAAGUAUGCCAGAGACUCAUCCAACUUAAAUAACAGUUCUUACGACUCCAAAUUCAACAAUAAGAAUAUUGAAGAAAAAAUAGUAACUAGGGAUGUUCCAUUGGGUUUUUCUCAAGCUAGAAGAGAUUCAUACCAAUCUAACAUGUCCUACAAGAAUGUAGAAGAAGAAAAAAGGAACUUAGGAGGUCAAUCAACUUAUUCCUACAAAAAAGUCGAAGAACAGUAUGUUGAUGUUCCUGUAAACGUAAGCCAAACCACUCAAUCACAGUACAUUUCCGAAAAAUAUGAAAAUAAUACUGGAGCAACUAGGAAUAUUCCUGUUGGUACAUCGGGAAAAAGAUGUGAUGGAUCUGGUAUCUUAAUAAAAGAAGAAUCUAAAAAAUCAGAAAUCAGAGAAGGAUCUGGCAACGUCACAGGCUCCUACAAAAGUACCAACGAAUCCAGACAAGAAAACUACCAGAAAGUGCAGUAUAGGGAUGUACCGAUUAAUCUUACUGGACCUUCUAGGGAUGUUCAUGUACCAGUGAUCUAAAAAUUAUUAUCGAAACAAUUUCUUUUUCUUAAUUUGUAAAUAUGUUUCAAUGUUUCUUAUGUAAAUAUUCUUUUUUAUUUAUUUUUUAUAUAUUAUCAGGCCAAAUAAAUUACUUUUAUUUACCA